AAAAUAUCUUAUAUCACCUAAAUCUAGUUCUAGAAUAAUUCUACUAAGUAGCAAUGAGCAGGUCUUAUAUUUUUUUGACAAGUGAAGUUACCAAAAAUUAACAAUAAAAAGUUUGUUCUUUUUGUUUUUAUGGAACAAUACUAUUCCAAUCAUGAUGAAUCCUCUACAAAGCUACUUGUACAUACCUGCAAGAAACUUUAGCCGAAGUGUAACAAAAUGUGGUUUGGCAAAUUCACCUCAAGUGACACUACCUUUAAACUUUGUGCAUGGACUUCGUAGAGAUUCCCAUGGCUCCUCAUCAUUUCCUCUUUUAGUUCCUGCAUCAGGCAAAAAACUAAAAGACAUACAGAACUCAAACAAACAAGAUGUUGAUUCAGCAGUCAAAGCUGCACGAACUUCAUUCAAGGCCUGGUCUCAAUGGUCAGGAUUUGAACGUGGCCAAGUUUUAAGAAAAGCAGCAAAUAUUAUUAAAGCAAGAGCUGAAGAGUUGGCUUACACUGAAGUUUAUGAUACAGGUAAGCCAAUAUGGGAGGCUCGCUUUGAUAUUCUUGGAUGUGCACAAACUAUGGAUUAUUAUGGAGGCUUGGCAGCUGCUAUUGCAGGUGAUUUUAUAUCCUUAUCUGGAAAUAGUUUUGCUUACACCAUACGAGAACCUCUGGGUGUUGUUGCAGCCAUUGGUGCAUGGAACUAUCCAUUUCAAAUGGCUGUGUGGAAAUCAUCCCCUGCUUUAGCAUGUGGCAAUACAUGUGUAUUUAAACCAUCGCAGUUUACACCACUAACUGCGGUCAUGCUAGCAGAAAUUUAUCAAGAAGCAGGACUCCCAGAUGGUUGUUUUAAUGUAAUACAGGGUGAGGCUGAAACUGGGCAACUUUUAAUUUCACAUUCAGAUAUCAAUAAAGUGUCUUUCACUGGCAGUGUUGCAUCUGGAUCAAAGGUCAUGGCCUCUUGUGCUGCAGACAUAAAACAUGUGACCCUGGAACUUGGUGGCAAAUCUCCUCUCAUAAUAUUUGCUGAUGCUGAUAUUGACAAUGCUGUGAAAGGUGCAAUGUUGGCUAAUUUUUGCAACCAGGGACAGGUUUGCUCCAAUGGAACUCGUGUUUUUGUUGAAGAAAGCAUUGCUAGUGAGUUUUUGUCCAAGUUGAUAAUGAGAGUGAAACUAAUGAAGAUAGGAGAUCCCAAUGACGAUGAUACCACUGUAGGAGCAACCAUCAAUGAAGCUCAUGCCAAAAGGGUGUUGGCCUACAUAGAAUUAGCCAAAAAAGAAGGAGCACAACUGGCAUAUGGUGGUGAGCGUGUUCAAAUGGAUAACCCAAUCCUUGCAGGUGGCUAUUACCUGAGACCCUGUAUUCUUACCAACUGUACAGAUGAAAUGACGGUGGUGAAAGAAGAAAUCUUUGGUCCAGUAUUGUCCAUGCUGACUUUCAAGUCAGAGGAAGAAGUGAUUGACCGAGCUAACAAUACAGACUUUGGUUUAGCAGGAGGUCUCUUUACCAGAGAUUUACAACGAGCUCAUAGAGUUGUGUCCAAACUAGAGGCUGGUUCAAUCUAUGUCAACAAUUAUAAUGUCUACCCAGUGGGAGUGCCAUUUGGUGGCUACAAAAAAUCUGGGAUUGGAAGAGAGAAUGGUCGAGACACAUUAAAUUAUUAUAGCCAACUCAAGUCUGUUUAUUUUGAAGGCAGUCAUGUUGAUUGCCCUUAUUAAUAAGGAAUAAUUUUAUGUUAGAAAACAAAUUUUGUUUCAAAUAAUUGAAUUGUAAAAACAAAACGAUGACAGUAUUCUUUUUAUUUACAAUUUAAUAUAAAUAUAUUAAUUUGCAAUUAGCAGUUUUAAGAAAAUUAAUGAUUUUGGUUAAGGUGUUGUUUUUUGGGGGGCUUAUUGUCAUGUGUCUUGUCAUCAAAAUUAUACUCUAUCAGUAAUUUCAAUAUUUAAAUAAGUGCCUUUUAUCAUGAAGUGAGAGUUUUUAAAGUAUGAUAAUCAUUUGUCAGCCUAUAUAUUUGAUAUAAAAAGUAGUAUUUGCCUCCACAAGCCAAUUAUUAGUUGCAGUAUUUUAAUAUUAUUAUUAUAUUUGGUGAAAGCCUUGACUAAAGCUGAAAAUGUUAUUUAAGAUAUUUUUUUUGCAAGAAAAACAACUGAAAUUUACUUAUAGUUUAAACUGUUCAUGGUUGUUACUUUUCAUGAAUGACUAAUAUCACUUGCACAAUGAACAGCUCUGGCAUGUUUCUUUAUUCUUGACUUAUACCUACAUUAGGUUACUUUGUCAUUGUUUCAUAGGAAGUUAAAUAUAUCUCUGCUUAAUAAUAAAAAUGGUAAGUCUGGUGGUGGGGAUUAGAUUAAGGAAUGUUGUAUCUACUUAUCUUAGAAAUACUGUACUUAGAAACCUAUACUUACAAUGUGGCCUUCCACUUUUCAUGAUCUGACCUACAUAUAUUGAAAGAGUCUAUCAAAGUUUAAUUUUGGUGUAUAUUUGAGUCUUUGUAUGUAAUGUUUAUAUUUUCAUUGUUAUGAAAGCCAUAAGCAUUAAUUUAUGUUUUUUAACAAAUAAAAUUAAAUCUUGAUGUAAUUCCUAUUGUUUGCUCAAUGCCAGUGCAUUUAAUAAAUUAAUACCUUAAUAGAACUGUGUAUAAUAAUUUAUUCAUUUCAAAUCCUGAUAUUAAAUAUCACUUUGAAAACAGUAA